GAUGAAUGAUUUCUGGAUUAACUUCAAACGUAAGGUACGCAAAAGCCAAGAUCCCUCUAAGAGGUACCACAAUUUCGAUGCUGUAAGAAAGAGGGUGAUAAACACCAAAAAGAUCUCCCAGUUUAACAACCAUCGGCUCGACUUGAAAUAGUACUAAAUUCUCAUCUUGCUUCAAUAGUAAAGUCAAUGUGCCUCAUAACUAAACACACAAGUUUCAACACAAACAAGAGCCUAAAGCAGUAUGGUAACAGUAGACUCAGGGAAAUGCUCCCUGAGUCACUGGAUUACCAUCGGUUCAAGUUGAAAGAAUUCAGCAAAGCUUACAAAAUUACAGAGGCUGAGAAAUCCAACUCUCCAAAAUUUCUGCAUAAAUCUCAGAAUCAUCUAGACGGGAUGGCUGAGGCCACUCCGAAGGAUUAUACCAAGAUUGCCAGUCCUUUUCCUUGGAUAUCAACCAAAGAAUUUAGUGUAGACAGAUUCCAUACGAAUUCUCAAGAAAGAAACCAGACUAGUAGCAAUAUGGCUUCUCAUAGCAUGAGCAAAAGCAUGGAGAAGCUGAAAUAAGAUUUAUAAGAUCAAUAAAAUCCGUAAGAAUACCAGAGGACAUGUCAAGUCUAGAAGGUACAAGAGCAAGAGAGAGUUAAGCCUUGACUCGCAAGAAGAGAAUGACUUAAGAGCACAAUUAUUUGAUUACGCUAAUUCUAAGCCAGAGUUACCUUCAAUUGAAGCAUCAAUGGAUCUCAGGAAGCUGUCCCAUUUUGAUCUCAGGACUCCUGCUAUUAAGCAGUCUUCCUCCAAGCGGAGCUUUCAUAGUAAAAGAAUCAACUGAUCAACAAGAGCGUUCAGUAUGAAGACCAAGCAAUCGAUCAGGAAGCGCUAAGCGCUGGGAUCCUGAAUGGUUUCAACCAUUUUUCAUAAGUUUCAAC